AUGCUGACGUCUCACUACGCCCAGGUGAGCGCCAUGCACACCGUGGCGCACGAGGUGGUAAACCGUGUCGCGCUAAAUCGAGAGGAGGACACGCAGUCCGCCUACCACCUGGCAAAGCGUGAUUACCAGCUGACGCUGAAUCGCAUCUCCUCGCGUCUGCCACCGGCGCCGCCCCAGGUGCUGAUGCAGGCGGUGGACGAAAACGACCUGAGCAUGUAUUGCAGCAGCAGCAUCAACGCCGGGAGCCUGGCCGCCACGCAGCGGGACCGAGCGGGCCUGGGCGAAGAGCUUGACUGCAGAGAAAUCGAUGAGGCGCUGUAUGCACGCGCGCUCAAGCGCCAGGAGGAGGACGCGAAGGGAGGCGGGCCCUCGUGGAAGCAGGAGGUCCUGCGACCGUUGGACGUCCUUCUGCGCCGUGAGUCCCUCGCCCGAGACGAUAUUGAGGAGAUUGAGACCGAGUUCUACCGCCGCAUCACUGACGAGCUCAGGGCCCACUCAUCCAUGUGGAUGAUCGACUUCUUCGACGCCGAGCGCCGUGCCCGGAAAGAGAUGGAGAACGCCUGGAUGAGUGAGUCGCUCCCAUUUCUUGAGACCUGCUCGAUGAAGCAGGUGGAGGCCAUCGAGGAGUUGUGGCGCCGCGCCUUCGGCAGAGACUGGCGGCCAGCGGUGGCACGGCGUCCUCAGGAGGAGGUCGUGGCUGUCCCGUUGGACGUGCGACUGUACCAGCCGCUGCAGCACCGCUGCGACACGAUACGGCGGGAGACGCAGGACGAAGAGGAGAUCGCCCAUCGGUACUUGAAGCUGGGCGAGGCGGCGCAGCGCGAUCUCAUUAUGCGUGGCGUCAUGCGGCGCAACAGCCAGACCGGGCUCCUGGACUCGGUCUCGCACCCCAUCUCGGUGCGCUACUACGAAGAGGUGAGCCUCGCGUUCGGGGCCGAGUUCCGCUACCUCGAGUCCUGCGAGGAGACGCAGCGCAUGGCGAUCAUCGACGCGUCACUCGCCGCGAUGGAUAAAAUAUGUACAGCAAUGAUGGUGCCGUAG